AAAAUUCUUUGUCAAGAAAAGUUGAUAAACGACAGCUGUUUUAUUAAUUUCCUUUUUUAUAAUUUUAUCUAUCCACGUAAUAAUUUAUAGCCUAGGUAAAUUAUUUUGAUUCAGAUCAUGGUAGAUAAAACUAGUGCUAGAAUUGUGUAGUUAAAAUACAAUGAAACAAAGGACGCGGCCCAUGCAUAGCGGUGAUGACUUGACGGGAUUCACGAUGGGAAACAAGAAGAACGAUGGCCAGGGCGACGAAAUCAAACUAUACCGAGUAAAGCCCCAAGAACAUUUCAUAGAAGCUCAAGUGCAAGAAGAUGACACACUUCAAGCCAUAGCCUUGAGGUUCCACUGCUCUAUACAAGAGCUAAAGAGAAUAAAUCAUAUACAUAAAGACAAUGAAAUCUAUGCAAGACGGACGGUCAAAGUGCCUGUUACUCCAUACUCUGUCCUCACAGAGAUGAUCCCAACAUCUACAACACCUUCCACAUCAAAACAAGUGCCCAUCACUCCCAUACAACAAAACACGACCAACCAGACUGACGUCAGUGUCCACAAUAACAACUCAAAGACAAAAGAAAAUGAUUUCUCUAUAGACUGCAAUGCAGUUGUCAUGAACAGUACCCUAGCUCCAGCUGUACUACCUUAUACAGAUAUGGAAAUGACAGACCCAGUGUCUGAAGACACAAAGCUACUUCCAAGCAAAGACCGAGUACCGGUAGAGACUGUGGUUGUGAAACAGCUCACGUCACAGGGCGCAGACUUUGGCAUCAAGUGGUAUCAUUUAGUGUUUUGCCUCCUUGCGCUGGGAGUGGUGACCCCACUCGUGUAUGUACUGUUCUACUUAGACAAACACGAACAUCCCGAUGUGCCUCCCUUACAUUCUGUAUGAUGCCUGUAAUACUCGAUCUGACUGAAGCUUUAACUUGUGGUGGUAUUUGUAUUAACUGUAGGGAUUUACAUUGUGAUUCUUGGAAUAAAUCUAUUAUUAUAAGUAUUAUA